UUGUUUACAUAUUUAAAUUUAGUCGUUCCGCGCGUAAGGCAGCCAGCCAGCCAGCAAGGAAAUCGAAAAGAAGAUGAAAUUACGAGAUGGCAGGAAAUAUAGUAGUCAUUCAACUACUGCAGGUGUGCCACAAACAGAAUAUUUCAAAAGAAGAAAAACAGUAAUAAAUAAAGAAACGAAAAAGAAUGCCUGUAAAGAAGAUGAGCAAAUAUCUAGAACUCUGCCUCUCCCAGAUAUGGCGCCAGUGGUCGCUCUUAAAGAUUGCAGCUUUAGCAAUGCUGCACGUGAAACAGCUUUAAAUAAAAAAUACAGCUUUGAAAAAGGGACCACUGUAGAGGCAUACAGCGCCAAUGCAAAGAAAGACAUGUUCACUGUUAAGAAUAUUAGUUCCUCAACCCUUUUGACACGCAAAGUAAUUCAAUCAGCAGAAGAGCAUGAAGUUAUGGUAGGAAGCACGUACAAACUAACAACCUCUACUCCUAUUUCACUCUCAAGAAUAGCAGCUACAACAAAUGGCAUUUUAAAAAGAAAAGACUAUGAAGUAGAGUUUAACAGUUCAUCAACAAAAGUUGAUGAACUCUUGUCUAAUAGUAUAAGAAGUACUUCCAUGAAGGAUUAUUCAUAUAAUGAAAAAUUGGGCAUAUCUAGAGAGCGACAUGUAAAUGGAUCUUUAGAAGACAGCGUUUUCCAUGAUAUAUCAUUUACAAAUUUAGGGAAAAUAUGGAAGGAUAACAGCUUUUUAAAAAUUGACGGGUCAUGUUUUAUGGAUGAUUUAUCUUGUGAUGAGGAGGAAAGGGACAGGGAGUUAAAUAUGCAUUUUUCUGUUAAUCAUAUUCAAAGAAGUCAGUAUCGACAGAAUCGUAGGGAGUGGUAUUUAAAAAGAAGGAUUUAUGCUGAGAAAACAUUCUUCUAUCGUUAUAUACUUCAGUAUAUAUUCUUCUUCACUUCUAUGACAGUUUAUGCAACAAGAAAGGUUUUGCGCUUCAUCAGGUUGAAAACUGCAAAUACAAAGUUGAUAUAUCAUGUUAAAUAUUAUACAAAUGCUGUUAGUUGUUUUACACACUUUUUGAUUUUAAAUAUAUUCAGUUAUCGUUUGAUAUACAAAUAUGUUAAAUACAAAAUGACAAGCUGGCAGAGCUGGAUAAGUUUAGUUCAGUUGGGUGCUGUUCAUGACUCUAAUAUGGUUCAUAUGUUUAUCAAUAAAAAAGUUAAAUAUAGUGAUUUACCAGAUGGUGAUGCGUUUGUUGAAAAUGGUAAAAAGGACGAAAAUGAUGACUUUGUAGCGUUUUGUUGCUGGAAUUGUGGUCUUGGUUUAUUGUGUGUCUUGUUCUUUGCCCCACUCCUUUUUUUUGGAACAACAAUUUUUGCAGGAAAUCAACUUCUAGUACUUCCAAGUCCCGCAGAAUUUAAAAUCUCAAAUGCAUAUGCACUGUUUCUCAGUGAGAAGGAAAAGAAAAUUCCAGCCUGGCAUAUCCGUCCCCCAUCUGCAACAAUGUACCCUAUUGAGAAAUCUUUUGGUACUAAACUCCCUGUUGUUUUGUAUUUACGAGAAAGUGGUCUUCCAAACUCAAAACAUCGAGUUCAAGUAUAUGAAGUGCUUACAUCUUUGGGUUAUCAUGUCAUUGUACCUAUAGAAAUUUUGAGUAGAGGUGAAACUAUUAUGGCAUGGACUUGGCUGAAAAGAAAAACUGGAAAGGUUUAUGCAUAUAUAUGGGGUGAUCAAAUGGAAACAAGAGUGUUGACUGGAUAUGCUAAAGACUUUUGUAAUGAAUUGAUUCCACCAUCAGGAGUUAUUAUCGAAUAUGAACACUCUUUUCAGCAGCAACGUAAUCUUGAGAUCUGGUCCUGCAAUUGUACACUGGUACCAAAUUUCAAGAAAGGCGAGACAUUUUUUAAAUAUAACCAUGUCAAAUGUCCUGUAACAAUCGUUGGUGAUGAACAGUUAAAUAUCUACAAUCAAGUUGUCACGUGUGUUCAAGCUGUUAUGAAGUGAAAUGUAGAUGACUUUUUCUUUUUCUAAUUUUUUUUAUUAUUUGUAGUUAUUCAAUUUUAUACUACCCCUCGGUGUAUUGACUUUUUAUUCUUGUUUUUUAUAGUCUUAUCUUUUAAUUUUCUUUGAUAUUAUUUAAAUUGUAGAGCAAUAACGUUCAACUUGCAUUAGGAUUAAAAUGAAAAAUUCUGGGGAGUCUGGUUGUUUUAUUCUUGUGAAUUGUUUUAUAAUCAAAACAUUUGAAAUAUUUAUUUCAGGAAUAAUAUAUACACAAUGUUAUUUUGUAUUAUGUGUUUUUUUCUUAAAAUGAAGUGUUUUUAAAGUUAAUUACCUCAUGCAGAGUGAAACUUAAAAUUAAACUUUUAUUUCUAACAUAUACAAUUCGCAAGCUGUGGAAUUCACCUCUUUUCAGUUAACAACGUUUAGAAAAGUGUUAAUAACAUACUGUGAUGUACUUCAUGGAUGGCGUGAGUUGUACGUAAAAUUAGAUUUUUCAAAAAUAUUUUAUACCGCAAAACUAAUUUCUGAUAAAAUUUCACAAAAACUCACAAAGCAGACAGAUCAAUGUGUGGAGAAGAAAAAUGCGAAAUUUUAUUCCAACCAAUAUUUCUUUGCAUCUCUGUUCUUUAAGGUUAUUGUUGCUAAAUAUGCCAAAAAUAAUGAUCUCGUUGCCCUACAUAUGUGUCUGUGAAUUUUUACAAUGAAAUGUGGGUUAAUUUGUAAUAUAUAUUUUUCUGCACCUAAGUAUAUUACGUCAUUGCUUUUCAUUUUUGUUUAUUCGUAUUUAUAAUAUUUAUAAUUUAUACUACAACAUUAAUGAGGGGAAAAAAAGCAUCUGCUCAA